UCUCUCUUUAUCACGUCUUCCUUUCAGAAGUUGUGGGCAGAAAGUAGACAUAGGACUCUUCUUUAAUACUGAUCCAACCACUUUCUUUGUCCCCAAGCAACUUUCUUGUGGUAAUUCUAUACCCAAACCUAGUACAACAUUCACACUCAUUCCAUAAAGUUCAAAUAUAUACAAACUUCGUUAUGUAUAAAAAAUUAACUAACAACAUUGAAGAUACCUGCAACAAUGAUCUCUCUAAUGCUGCAGUUACACAGUCUUCUCCAAUGAUGUCGUUCAAUGGGAAACGACUUGCCGUGGAUGAGAUAGAUUUCUUCACAGAGAAGAAGAAGAAAAGUGAAGACGUUGAUAAUCAAUUGGUGCACCACCAAAUGGAGCUUCCUAUUAAUACCAAUUUAGAUCUCCUUAUUACGAAGAGUUCAACCAGCAAUAGAUCAAAUAUGGAAGAAGGACCGUCCGAGUCAAGGGAUAAUACGAGAAAUAAGUUUGCAGCUAUGUUAGCUGAGUUGCACAUCAUAAAUGCUGAAAAUCAACACUUGAGAGAGCUGGUUGACCAGGUGAACAAUAAGUACAAUGACCUGCACAAGGAUCUUACGAAACUUAUGCAAAAACAACAUAAAAAUGAGAUUAAUGGAGCCAUAGAGGAGAAGGAUAAGAGAGAUGAUAUGAUUAUUUCAAGGUCUUUCUUGGAUAUUGGAAUUGCUACGAAGGAAGAUCCUUCUCAACAACAUUCAGAAGCAAAACUGCAAGAAAGCAAAAACAUUACUGAGUUGAUGGAGUGCAAGAAUAGAGAUGUUGUUGAGUGGAAUUCUGGCAAGGAUAGUGCAAAAUCUAGGAGAGAUAAGCAUGAGAGUUCAGAAACUAUGUCAAUGAUCAAGAAAGCUCGCGUAUCAGUUCGAACAAAAACAGAUUCAUCUAUGAUUUCAGAUGGAUGUCAAUGGAGAAAGUAUGGGCAGAAGAUGGCAAAAGGGAAUCCAUGUCCGCGAUCUUAUUAUCGUUGCUCAAUGGGAACUGCUUGUCCAGUUCGGAAGCAAGUACAAAGGAAUGCUGAGGAUCUAAGUGUGUUGAUCACAACAUAUGAAGGGCAACACAAUCAUGUACUCCCUCCCACUGCAAAGGCCAUUGCAUCCACCACAUCAGCAGCUGCAUCAAUGCUACUUUCAGGAUCAAUGCUAAGCUCAGAUGGCCUUAUAUACCCAAACAUAUUAGAAAGUGCAUCACUUCCGUUUUCUCAGAACUUAGCAACCCUCUCAACUUCAGCUCCAUUUCCCACUAUAACUUUGGAUCUCACUCAAAGUACUACCAAUAAUUCCUCACAGCUACUACAAGGGGCACCACAGGAUAACCAACAUAUAUAUAGCCUCCUUUCCCCACUUUUGGCUCAGAAGUUUAUGUCAUCAGCUACCAACAUUUUUUAUCAGAAUCACCAGACUAAGGUUUCUAGCUUGCAUGGGUCUCAGGGAACAGAAACUGCUUCAUUUGUGGACACGGUAAAUGCAGCUACAGCUGCUAUCACUGGAGACCCGAAAUUCAGUGCAGCUGUUAUGGCUGCCAUAACAUCUAUAAUUGGAAGUUCACAUCCAAACAUUAAUGGUACUAGUGGAGAUCCAGCAUUGCAAUAACAUUUAAGACUAAAUAAUUGUAAUUACGAGUCUCACUUGGUUUUGGAAUAAGUGCAGUUAAUCAUUUUCCUAUUGUUCCAGGUAGAAAUUGAAUUUUAGAGCACUUGUUGGCAAUUGAGAUUUUUCCAAGUUGUUAUAAUAAAAUAUUUUAAUGUCCUUGCAGUUUACAUGAUUGCUUGGUGCUUCUGCUCAAAAAAAGAAGUUGUAGCUGCAGGCUCAUUAUGCUUUCUUUUUAGCUUAGUCAAGAGUACUUUUUGCUUUUCCCAAUAAGGAGCUUCAUAGUUUUUCUAUUUAAGCUUUUGCAAUGACUAUUUAGAUGUGUGUAAUUAACUGAGUUAUAAAAUAGAACUAUAUCGGAACAGUUUUGUUCCUCUCUUCUUCAUA